UUUAUCACUUCCAGGGAUUUUAUCAAGAUGCCCGGAGUCACAAAGCAGCCAGUUUGCGAGUCAUACAAAAUGGCUGGCACUGGAGGCAGGGGCUGAAAGCAGGGCAAGGAGUGGGAUGAAUUUCCCUGGCCUCUCCGGGGCUGCAACUUGCUUCCAGAGGACCUGUGGUGUGCAUGGAGACAGCAUGAAUGCUAGAUCUGUAGCAGGAAGACUUGUCUUUGCCCUUUUCCAGUGGAAAAGGCUGGUGAUAUUGCUGUGCUUGGGUCUGUGCAUGAAGGAGCUGUACUAUGUGAUGAACACACUUGAAAGUCAUGUUGGACAAGGAGGCCUUUACAUGCUCUUUGGAGGGGGCCUGUUCAUGGACAGCAGUGGUCAGAAGCUGGGAGAUGGGACAACAUGGAGGCAUGUUGGUGCUUGCCAGAGACGCUUCAUGUGGAGAAAGCCUUUUCUUGGGAGGUCUGAAUCUCACUGGAAGCCUUUCCUGACCAGCAAAUCCUUAUACUCACUCAUGGACAGGCCUUUUAGACAGAAGGCUGAAGAAGUUCUGUGGUUCCAUGAACUUCCUUUUGGGCUGCAGAGUUCAGUUCUCUCUGCUUUUAGCACAUUGCAGCUUCUUCCAGAGCAGGAGUUGCCUGGAUCCUUUGGCCGCUUAUGGUGCCAAAAGUGCAUUGUGGUUGGGAAUGGCUACUCCAUCCAUGGACAGCGCUUUGGGAAUUUGAUUGACUCUCACCAUGUUAUCAUCAGAUUAAAUGAUGCUCCAGUAAAAGAGUACAAGAAAGAUGUGGGUGAGAGAACCAGCAUCCGUCUCUUCUUCCCUGAAUCUGCUCUGCCCAACCCUUUAGAAAACAAUGACAAUGAUACACUGAUGGUGUUUGUCCCAUUCAAGCCUCUGGAUUUCCUCUGGCUGAGGGAAGUGUUGCUGAAAACAAGGAACAAGAGAUAUGCCACCACGGGAAUCAUUGCUUUGAACUUAGCCCUCCAUAUAUGCCAGGAGGUCAAUAUUGCAGGCUUUGGUUACCCCGGCAACCAUGACAAUACUACACCAAUACAUUAUUACAAUACAGGUCGCUCACGGAAAGAAGAGCUCAUUCAGCAUAAUCUCACAGCUGAGAGGAACUGGCUGCUGAAGAUGAUUGAGUGGGGAGUGAUUGCUGACCUAGCCAACCCUGCCUUUCAGGCCCAGAACCACUGAGAGAAGGCCAUGAUGCUUGCUGUCCCCAUCCAGACAACCCUGGUGACCCCAGCUGGACUUUGCCUUUGUUCCAGGUUGUUCUGAGUAUGUGACAGCAUGUCCUGUCCCACAUGGGAUGGGAGAUGAAUCCUCCAAAUUCAGAGCACUUGCGCUUUCCUCUGUUGGCCUCUGGCUUCCACUGCUGUCUGCUCCACUGGAGGAUGAGCAGUAUUACACAACCCUUCUUCCUUGAGUAAUCUCUUCCUGGUUUGUAAACAGCUAUCCUUUGCUCACCAGGUUAUUUGUGAAAAGCACCAGACUGAGAUGCUAAGCUGGUCUGCAGCCCCUGCGAAGGGGAGUGGUGAGAGCGCAGUGCCUACCUUGAGAUUUCAAACUGCUUCCUACACAGAUUGGAGUGAGAGAGAGUCAUACCUACCCAUCGCUAUGGAAAAGGACUGAACACUCAGAAAUUUCAGUAUCUUGCUGAUUGUUGGCAAAUGUUAAUGUCUGCAGGAGUUGUUUCUUUUAUUGUUCUGUUUGAGAAUAAAUGCACUUCUGGUUUCAA